AUGUAUCACGCUGCUCGCAACUUGUCUAAUAUACCGGUCAUAUUCGAAACUUUACGAAAAUAUCUACCUGUACUGUUUCUCAUUAGAAAAUCGAUAUCGAGUUAUACUUUCAAUGGUAUUAAAGCUAGCAUAUCAAAAGGCCAAAAAGUAUGGAUUCCUAUUUUCGCGCUUCAACAUGAUACGCGUAUUUAUCCAGAGCCAGAUGUCUUCAAUCCAGAAAGAUUUAACGAGGAGGCUGUACAAAAUAAACAUCCAAUGUCCUUCCUGUCUUUCGGUGAUGGGCCAGAAAGAAAUUGCAUUGGUGCUUGCUUCACCGUUUAUUAGGUUAAACUUGGACUAAUAAAGAUCCUACGAAACUAUUAUUAUAAAGUUGAACCUUGUGAAAAAAACGGAAAUACCUUACAUCCGCAAUGAGGAAACAUUUAUAUUAACACCAAAAAAUGGA